AUGCAAUACUACGGCAAUUCAACGAAACCUGGGGCUAAUGUACCAUUUAACCUUGGAUUAGUAAGAAAUGUUGAUAAACGUAAUAUAAUUGCAUCCAUAGACACAAUUGUUAAAAAUUGGCUAGAUAAUAUGCCAGAAAAUCAGGCGGCUAAUUGGGCGAUGGAAAAUCAUGACAACCCAAGAACACCAACCAAAUUUAGUCCUGAAAUGGUGCCACUCUUUACAGCUUUGAAACUAUCACUCCCCGGUAUAGAAAUUACAUACUAUGGUAGCGAAAUUGGCAUGGAAAAUACUUAUGUGAGACCAGACCAAUCACAAGAUCCUAAUAAUGAGGGAGGGAUGAUGUCCGAUCGAUCCAGAGAUGAUGAAAGGUGCCCAAUGCAAUGGGAUAGUUCAAUAAACGCAGGAUUUACCAAAGGGAAACCUUGGUUGCCAGUGAAUCCAAAUUAUUAUAAACUAAACGUCGAAUCACAGAAAAAAAUACCAAAUAGCAAUUACAAUUUUUACAAAAAAAUGUCUCAACUUCGGAAAACCGAUACAUUAAAAUAUGGUGAUCUUCACACGUAUAAUAUUACCAAAUCGAUAUAUAUAUUAAAGAGGUCAUUAUUGGAACGUGAAUCGUACAUAGUUGUCAUGAAUUUUGGAAGUGAAACAGAAACCGUCAUAUUGUCCAAUAUCAUGAAGAGCCCCACAGAAGAACUUUACGUAUACUUAGGAAGUGAAAAUUCUGCAUAUAACACCGGAAGUAUUGUAUCAACUGUUCCUUCAACUGGUAAUCCAGUGGUACUACGACCACAAUCAGUAGUCGUAUUAACAGAUAAAUAUAUUGCACCCGAAACACCAACAGUUAAUAUUCAAAAUGCGGGCACACAAAUCGGUUCCACGUUAAUUAGUUUACUCAGUGUUCUUUUACUUUUAAGAUAUUUUUUAUGA